AAUGUCAAAGUUGUUAAAAAAAAAAAAGAAACAAGUAAAUAUUUUCCAAUCGAAUUAUUCAUAAUAUUAUUGUUAAUUAAACUGUUAUUUUAUCACUGGCAUGUAAAAUAAAUAAUGGGAAUCAUAUAUAUAGUGUUCAAACGACAUAAGGCGGUUAAAAUCAUCGUUAAACAUUAGGUAUUGAUGCGCAGCUGGAACUAUGGUGGGCUGCUGCGUCACCGGCUGCGACACCACAGCUCAGGAGGAUGUCAUAUAUUUUGAGUUUCCAACGAGCCGCCUGCUGAAGAGGCGAUGGCUAGACGCAAUAAAGCCGACCAGUAAAAUAGAUACGAACUCCAAGGUAUGCAGCGCUCAUUUCGGGAAGCAUGACUACGAGAGGGUCCGCGGAAAGGUCAGGCUCAAAGGGAAGGUGGUGCCCUCUAUUUUCAACCACAUCAUUACACAAACGUCACCUGAACAGAAUUUACCCGAUUCCACACCUAAGACAGAUGACCCGGAUAAAACUGUGACAGUUGCUGAAGGAACCGCUAAAGUGGCACAAGAGACUGAAGAAGUCAUUCAGAAUAAUGGUAAACAGGUCUGCAAGGAGACUACAGAAACGACCACAGAAGUUACACCUGAUACUGUGGGAGUUGCUCAACAUACUGCUAAAGUAACUCAAGAGACUUCUGAGGUGUUACCUCAAAAUACUUCUAAAGCAGUCUCUGAAGAUACUUCUAAAGCGGUCACAGAAGAUAAUGUACAGAAAAUAAGUAAAACUAUACAAAAUAAGAGUAAAGAUGCCACAAAAGUUGCUGAGCCACCAAUAGUGAUGACAGAUGCGAACAAAGUCGUCGAAGGUGCAACAAAAGAAGUCAGUAAAGAAAAUAGUUUAAAAUUGACUCACUGUACUGCUACUAGCAAAGCAGUCACUCAAGAAAAUACUAUAGUUAUAAAUAGUCCAAAUAAAUUAAUGAGGGAACCAAGUAAUAGAAGUACUUACAAUGUAGAUAGAAUCAUAAACAAUACGCCGUCAAUAGAUAUCAACAAAGACGACAUUGAGGACAUAUUGACGAAUUAUCACAUAAAGCAAACGAAGCCGCUGCACAGGAUGUUCGCGGAGUCGGAACGAGCGAGCGGGGGGCACGCGGCCGUCAUAGAGAUCAGCGAGACGGAGGACAGGGCGCCCGUGUUCAUCGAGGUGGCAGUGAAGGGCGACCAGGCGACCCAGUCGGCGGCGGGCGAGGCGGACGGCAACGACUGCCUGAUGGUGCUGGAGAGUGUACAAGUAGAAUUGGACCCCAGUGCUCUGAUGCUGCCCGACAGGGAGUCUGAAGACUCAGACGUCGAGGUCAAAGAUGUCGAGCCUGCCAAAAAAACCGAGCCCAUCAGUCUGCUGACGUCAAGCGACGAGGACGAAGUGAUCAUCCAGGAGCCCCACAUCGACACCAUCGUGGUGCCCGACGAGACCGACGAGGACGACGUGCCGCUCGUGAAACUGGUCAAGCCCACCAAGAGGGAGAAGAAGAUGACCAAGAAACGGGCCUCGGACCCCAAAAACAGAAUGGAGAACAAUAUAAGCCAAAUAAUGUGGGGCGUUUACGAAUACUUCUGCAUGCAAUGCCACUACACGACCACAAAUCGAGCGGAGUACAAGAGGCAUACGGCCAGCCACUCCACUGUGCUACACAUAUGCCCUCUGUGCAGUUACACAACGGCCAGUAAACUCCAGUUUGCGAGACACAAAAGAAAACACAAGGAGGAGAAGAAGUUCAAAUGUCACAUAUGCGAUUACAAGGCGCGGCAUAACAUGAGCUUGAUAUACCAUUUGAAGUCGCACGACAUUGGCAACAUCAGCCGUGCGAAGACAGGGUACAAAUGUGACAAGUGCGGGUUCAAAUCGGACGUUAAGCACACAGUGCUGAAGCACAUAAGGUGGUGCACGACGAGUGCGAUGAAGCAAUGCAACAAGUGCAGCUACAAAACGAAACGCCAGUCCGAUUUGAAACGGCAUACGAUGAGAAAGCACAAGGAGGGCUUGGACGAUGAAUACGUACCAUAGUGUGUGGUGUGCGUUGUGAAUAGUGUGUUCUGUGUUCCAUAUACAGGACUUUUACAGUGGAAUCAUAGUGGGAUGGUAGUCUUGUCUGUGCUAACGGUAUGUGCUGGUGAGCACCAGUGAAGGACCAGUGAAGAUGUUUCGAGUAAGCAUAAACAAUUGUAACAAGCAACAUUGGUCGUGUGGUCCCGGCAUAGAACUGCUGAACAUAAGCCAACCCUUGGGCGGUUUUGCCAGUUGUUGCCACAUUUGGCAGGCAGAUUGGCGACUUUGGAGAUGGGCACUGCUGUCCAUCCCUUGCUCUUUCUUAGUCGACAUUUUUUUGGUGGAUGAAAAUUGUAUGGUAACCCCACCUGCACUAACGGAAUAUGCUGGCGGAGCACCAGUGAAGGAUGAUAGAUGAGAAUGAAAACAGGCCAGUUAGCCCGUCAUGAUGAAUUCAACAGGAAUUAACCAUGAUAGUUUCCAGUGAGAACCGCGAGGAGGUCGACCUGGUUGGGUAUAUUGCUAGCAAUGGAAUUCUCAGUCUCCAUUACCACAUGUUUCUAACAAUUACCGCUACCCACCUUAUGGGAUCUUUUCCCUUCUCUCAUACCAGUCUACAGAACUAACCGUGUGAUGCUGUAAAGUCUUUGAGGAGGUUUUGUAAGCAUAUAAAAUACUUACCAAUAUAAUAAAUGUGUAAGUUUGUUUGUUGUCCUCUUAGUGUUUUAACUGCUUAAUCAAUCACCAUGAAUUUUUUUUAUUUCAUAAUAAUGGAAUGGUAACCCUGCCUGCGCUAUCGGUAUACGCGGGGCACCAGUGAAGGGUGAUAGGUGAGGAUGAAAAGGCAGGUCAGUUAGCCCAUCGCGAUGAAUACACCUGGAAUUCAGCAUGAUGGUUUCCAGGAGGGACCACGUAGAGGUCGACUUAAUAGGGUAUUUUGCUAGCAAUGGAAUUGGUAGUCCGCAUUACUAACAAUCCCUUCCCCCCAAUCACUAUGUAAAUCGGGACAUAAAGAUAGACAGAUACUCUCUAUUGUUCCCUCCAUAAGAUUACAAUAGUAAACUUAUUAUAGAUACAAACAAUUACAAGAAAUGAUCACAGUGAGACAACAAUGGACGGCCUUAUCACUAAGAGCGAUCUCUUCCAGGCAACCAUAAAGUAGCCUUCCCCAUCUCAUCAUGUAGUAUGCGAAUACCAAAUUUCAUAGAGAUUGGUUAAGCUGUUAAGGCGAUAUGACGUGACAAACAAACAAACUCUGUUGCACAUUUAUAAUAUCAAGUACAGAAAUCUAUUUUAAUGUAAUAACUGCCGGUUUAACUAACAUAUAACUAGAUUGAAGAAGCUCGACUAGUUUCGGGAACAUUCAGGACCCUUAAUCUUGAGCAGCUGUGGCGUGAGCGCGAGCCAGACUCCACAGCUGCUCAAGGUUAGACGUCGCGAAUGGACCCGAAAGUAGUCGAGCUUUUUCAACUAAAUUACAUGUGUUACAUGUUUAAGGCAGUUAUUACAUUAAAAUAUUUAAAAUGAACAAGAGCUAUCAUUGCCCAAGUUGCGUGGACAAUAUGGCGGAUAACACUACUUAAAAUGGUUGGUCACUGAACUCAAUUAGACAAGUAAUACUAGAUGGCGCUAGAAUCGAGACUUGUAGUUUCUGUCGAUCAUUUUUUAUUUAAAGGUAAUUUAAAAGUAAAAUUUCUAAAUCGA